GCCUUUGCGCGCCGGGGGCGUGGCCGCCGAGAAUAGGCGGCGCCAUGGCGGGCCCGGUGAAGGACCGCGAGGCUUUCCAGAGGCUGAGCUUCUUGUACCAGGCCGCCCACUGUGUCCUCGCUCAGGACCCCGAGAACCAGGCGCUGGCGAGGUUCUACUGCCACACAGAGAAGACCAUAGCGAAGCGACUUGUGCUGCGACAGGACCCCUCGGUGAAGAGGACGCUGUGCCGCGGCUGCUCCUCCCUCCUCAUCCCCGGCCUCACCUGCACCCAGCGACAGAGACGCCGCAGGGGACGGCGCUGGACAGUGCAGACCUGCCUGACAUGCCAGCACAGCCAGCGGUUCCUCAACGAUCCUGGGCAUCUGCUCUGGGGCGACCGGCCUGAGGCACAGCUGGGAAACCAAGCAGAUUCCAAACCACAGCCCCUGCCAAACACAGCCCACCUUCCUAAGGAGAAAAUACAGCCACAGGCCUCAGUCACCGGCAGUGAAUUUGUCCUGUAUUCCAGAUAAAUAAAAUUUAACUGUUUCG